AUGCUGGUCGUCGGAUUGACGGGCGGAAUCGCCUCUGGGAAAAGCACGGCUUCACGCCUCAUCUCGGCGCACCCAUCACGCAUCCCGCUGAUCGACCUCGACAUCCUCGCGCGCCAAGUCGUCGAACCGGGCCAACCGACGCUGCGGGCGCUCGUCGCCGAGUUCGGCACCGACAUCCUGGCCGACGAUGGCACCCUCAACCGUCCCGCGCUGGGACGCAAGGUGUUCGGCAACCCGCAACGCACAAAGACGCUCAACCGCCUCACCCACGGCGCCAUCCGCAGGAGGAUGGCGUGGCUCCUCGUCGGCUACUGGCUGCGCGGCGAAAAGGUCGUCGUCGUCGACUCGCCCCUCCUCGUCGAGGCGGGCAUGUGGAAGUUCUGCGGUCAGGUCGUCCUCGUCUGGUGCUCCGAGGAGGACCAGCACAGCCGUAUGCUCCAGCGCGACACCGAACGCGGCCUGACGCCCGAAGACGCCACCAAUCGGCUCAACUCGCAGCUCAAACUCGCCUCAAAAAUCCCCUACGCCGACGUCGUGCUCGACAACUCCUCCGCCUUGCCACCGUCGUCGUCAUCUUCCGGCGGCGGCGACGACGACGACAACAAUGACGGACCGAGCUGGGCCAAAGGCAUCAACGCGUCGCCCCAACUCAAGCAACAGGUCGAUCGGCUCGUCUCUUCCUGGACCAACCGAUACGGCGCCGGCAGCGGGAGGAUCUUGUGGCUGCUCCAGUGGGUCCUCCCGCCCUUGGGCCUCGUCAGCGGUCUCUGGACGGCCUACUCGCGAAGGAAGGCGACCGAGGACAAGGUCAAGAGGCAGUCGAAGCUCUAG